CUCUUCUCUGUGUGAAUCAUUUUGGUUGAGAGAGAGAGAGUAAGAAAGAAAAAUGGCGGCCAUGUCCGUGACUAUGAGCUUGAACUUAGCUGGGGCAUUCAGAGGGCUAAGCUUAGCUUCAAGCUCAUCUUCGUCCUCUUUCUUCAGAGGCGACUAUGGUGGGUCCUUACAAAUGGGUCCCACAAAGCUGGUGCCGGUCCCACGGAGAAUUCCGCUGACCAUUCAGAAUGCUCACAAGAAAGGUGCCGGAAGCACCAAGAAUGGCCGAGAUUCCAAAGGUCAAAGACUCGGCGUCAAGAUUUACGGUGACCAGCUCGCCAAGCCUGGCUCCAUUAUCGUUCGCCAGCGAGGUACCAAGUUCCAUGCAGGGAACAAUGUGGGGCUUGGCAAGGACCACACGAUAUUCUCCUUGAUAGAUGGACUAGUUAAAUUUGAGAAGUUUGGGCCCGACAGGAAGAAGAUCAGUGUUUAUCCGCGAGAACUACAGCCGGAGAACCCUAACAGUUACAAAGCAAGAAAGAGAGAAAACUUCAGGUUGCAACGUGAACGCAAGAAAGCAAGAAAGGAAGCUUAUUUUGCCGAACCCCAACUAGUUAUGGCUUCGGCUGUUGAUGCCCAAGAUAGCCAUCCCAUUUGCUAAUUAUGGCCGGCGUCUCUCUAUCCUAAUCUCUUUGCUUUGCAUAUAGAUUUGAAUCAUUGGUUGUUAUUUUUUGUUGUCCAGUAAUUGUUGAUAUUCUUAUUGAGAAGUGUCACUGGAAACAUUUGCAUCAUAUUUGCAGAUUUGAGCUCCGAUUUGUUUUUA